UUAUACAAAGCUUGAACCACAAUGACUUCGGGUUUGUGGAGUCAAGAGAAAGCGAGCUCUCCCUAUUGGGAAGAACGUAUCUUUUAUUUGCUUCUCCAGGAAUGCAGCAUUAUAGACAAGCAGACUCAAAAGCUACUAAAAAUACCUAAAGGUAGCAUUGGCCAGUUUAUCCAAGACAGGUCUUCCGGCGGGCACAUCCGGAACAAUCCUUCAUCCAAAAGCAAGAAGUUGCAAAUAGGAAUAAAGAUUCUGGAACAGCCCCACGUGGUCCUGUACGUCGACGAGAAGGAAAUCGUCGACAUAGAGGAAAAACGAGCAGAGCUGCUGUUGGCAAUUACCAAUUGCGAGGAGAGAUACAGUAUAUUUAAAAGCAGAGGCAGACUGCGGAAGGGCCUCCACAUCGAUGUCGGCUCCCCAGUGAAAGUGCAGCUGAGAUCGGGAGAAGAGAAAUACCCUGGAAUAGUUCGCUUUAGAGGACCCUUAAUACAAGAGAGAUCCCUGUCUGGCAUAUUUUUCGGAGUGGAGCUUCUGGAAGAAGGUCGUGGUCAGGGCUUUACUGAUGGACAGUACCAAGGCAAACAGCUGUUCAGAUGUGAUGAAGACUGUGGGGUGUUUGUUGCACUAGACAAACUAGAACUGAUGGAAGAUGAUGACAAUGAACUGGAGAAUGACUAUGCAGCUCCAGUUGACUCAAUGCAGGUAGACCUUCCUCCUUUGGAGCUCAACUCCAGGGUUUCUGUGAAGAUAGGGAAGAAUAUAGAGUAUGGGACAGUUAUAUUCUGUGAUGUCAUACCAGGAAACGAGAGUUUAGGAUACGUUGUUGGAGUGGACAUGGAUAAUCCAAUUGGAAAUUGGGAUGGAAGAUACAAUGGACAACAGCUCUGUAGUUUUGCAAGUGUUGAAAGCACACUUCUUUUGCAUAUCAAUGAUGUUAUCCCAGAGGCUGUGUCUCAGGACAGGAGACCUCCCAAACUUGCUUAUACUUCCAGAGGUGGUGGUGACAAAGCUUUCGGUCAUAGCAAGCCAAAGUCUACAGGUGCGCUCUCUGAUCCUGUAAACAGAAACAGAACAGAAUUUUUCUACGCUUUAAAUGGCUCCUCAGUAGAUUCUCAAGCACAGCCAAAAUCAAAAAAUACAUGGUAUAUUGACGAAGUGGCUGAAGAUUCUGCAAAAUCACUCAAUGACUCCUCUUCUGGAUUUGGAAACGCUUCCCCACCACUGCAGCCGGCCCCGACAAAUAGUUUAUCUUCCGAGAACAGAUUCCAUUCCCUGCCUUUCAGUCUAACCAAGAUGUCAAGCACCGCCAACAGUUCUAUAUCGCACAGCCCACUCUCCUUAUCUGUUCAGUCGGUUAUUGGAGAGGGGACUUCCGGGGCAAUCCAGGAGAGUCCACCGGCCACCGUAGCACCCAUCAACCUGCAUGGCCUUGAAGUUGGCUCUUUAGCCGAAGUGAAAGAGAACCCUCCCUUCUAUGGGGUAAUCCGUUGGAUCGGGCAGCCGCCAGGGGUCAACGAAGUCUUAGCCGGGCUUGAACUGGAAGAUGAAUGUACAGGUUGCACUGAUGGGACUUUUAAAGGAACUCGUUACUUUACCUGCGCCCCAAAGAAAGCUCUUUUUGUCAAACUGAAGAGCUGUCGACCUGAUUCCAGAUUUGCUUCCUUGCAGCCUGUGUCCAAUCAGAUUGAACGUUGCAAUUCCUUAGCUUUUGGAGGCUAUCUCAGUGAAGUGGUUGAAGAAAACACUCCUCCAAAAAUGGAAAAAGAAGGUUUAGAAACAAUGAUUGGAAAGAAAAAGGGCAUCCAGGGUCAUUAUAACUCCUGCUACUUAGACUCCACCUUAUUCUGCCUGUUUGCAUUCAGUUCUGUUUUGGACACAGUCUUGCUCCGACCCAAAGAGAAGAACGAUGUAGAAUAUUACAGCGAAACUCAAGAACUGCUACGGACAGAGAUAGUAAAUCCUCUUCGAAUAUAUGGAUAUGUGUGUGCCACAAAAAUAAUGAAACUGAGAAAGAUUCUGGAAAAAGUUGAAGCAGCAUCAGGAUUCACAUCUGAAGAAAAAGAUCCAGAAGAAUUUUUGAAUAUUUUGUUUCAUCAUAUUUUAAGAGUGGAACCACUCCUAAAAAUAAGAUCAGCAGGGCAAAAAGUCCAAGACUGCUAUUUCUAUCAGAUUUUUAUGGACAAGAAUGAGAAGGUUGGAGUGCCUACCAUACAGCAGUUACUGGAAUGGUCUUUCAUCAACAGCAAUUUGAAAUUUGCAGAGGCCCCAUCAUGUCUGAUCAUUCAGAUGCCUCGAUUUGGCAAGGACUUCAAAAUGUUCAACAAAAUUUUCCCCUCUCUGGAACUGAAUAUCACAGACCUGCUGGAAGACACUCCCAGGCAGUGCCGUAUCUGUGGAGGACUUGCAAUGUACGAAUGUCGGGAAUGUUACGACGAUUCAGACAUUUCCUCCGGUAAAAUCAAGCAGUUUUGCAAAACUUGCAAUACGCAGGUUCAUCUUCACCCCAAAAGGCAGAGUCACAAGUUCAAUCCAGUGUCCCUCCCGAAAGACUUACCAGACUGGGACUGGAGGCACAGCUGCAUACCUUGUCAGAAGAUGGAUCUCUUUGCCGUCCUUUGUAUAGAGACGAGCCACUAUGUGGCUUUUGUGAAAUACGGCAAGGAAGAUUCCUCUUGGGUCUUUUUUGAUAGCAUGGCUGAUCGGGAUGGAGGUCAAAAUGGUUUUAACAUCCCUCAAGUGACUCCGUGCCCAGAAGUUGGCGAGUAUCUGAAAAUGUCUCUGGAGGAAUUGCACUCUCUGGACUCGAGGAGAAUCCAAGGCUGUGCACGAAGACUGCUUUGCGAUGCUUACAUGUGCAUGUAUCAGAGCCCUACGAUGAGUUUGUACAAGUAGAAGUUGAUGACUCGUUAGGAAAGGAGCCUCUUCCCAGGGACUUGACUGCGGCCCAAGAAAGCUCAACGGAGCUGUCGGCUUCUCAGCUUGGGCAUCCGUUGCUGGCAACGGAUGCUUCGAAGGGUACGGAAAUCAGAUAACCAGGAAGAAGCAGCAGCUAUUUGAACGAAAAGGGGGAACGGAACCAUUCUACAAUGCGGUGUUAAUGUUGCUAAAAUACUUGAGUGUUUUCACUCUUGGAAGUG